ACAGUUCAGAGCUGUCAAAAGAAAAUUUGCAAUAGCUUUUUUAUACCCUUGGUAACUUGGCGCAUGGUCUUUUAAGUUCAUUGAUCUUUUAUGGCUAUGAAUAAAUAUUUUUAUGAUUAUAAAUUUCUAGGAUUACCUUUAUACUGUGAAGGGGUCACAACACACUGGGGUCCUUUUUGCACUAACUUUUACUUAAUCGUGUAGGUAGCAUCUUAUAGACAACUGUAAGUAGGCAGCAUCGCUCGUUUGUCAAGAUAAGCUGGAGAUUGUGGUAGGUAGGAACUAUGAAGUCCUGGUACAUUCUGAAUACCUGCCUGGGUCCACACUGUCCACAGAGUCGCUGUUCCCCAUCAUUAGUUAUAAUAAUAAUGAAUUACGCCCCAGCCGUUUUUCUCAUAUACCUACCUAAGGAGAUCAAUCAGUUGUGCAGGAUAUAUUAUUAUAAUGCACAAGCAUUUGCGCAGACACAAGUCUCGGAUGCAUCAACUUCCAGAAAUCGGGCUGCUGGUUUCCAAAACCAAAGCGAUUUCGGCACAAUCAGGGAAUCGAACUCGAGAAUACCUGUCGCGCUCUACGUGUACUAGAACAACGAAGCCAUCCCUAUAAUAGUGUAUUCACGGAGACGAGUUAGUAGAGCGCUAUCUCACUCACACAAUUUUUUAACUGCGAUUGGUCAGUGAUAAAUGCUAAGGCGGUGUACACAGUACGAGUACUUUUUAGUCUACUCAUACUUCCCGUAUUGUGCAGACGUGCUCUUCUUUGUGACUGUGCGCUCAACUUGUGAACCGGCUGGUGUAUUGGAUUAUAUGAUUGAUUGCUUUGAUUGAGAUAAUGGCGGAUAUCGAACAAUCUGCUGUUAAAAGAAAACGGCGGGCUUUUUUGUCUACCGAGAAGACUAUGAUUUUAAAUAUGUACCACGCAAUGAGAAAUGCAGACUCUUCGGCCUCCAAGGGUGACAUUCUGAAAGCAGUUGCAUCUUCUUUAGGUGUUCACUGGGCUUCUGUUCAUAGAAUUGUAAAAGAGAAGAAUGAUAGUGGCGAGCUAAAAUCUCCGAAGAAAUUGAAGCAACGUUUGUCAAUUGUUGAUACGAUUGAUAACUUUACAAAAUGUGCCAUCAGAAAUAUAGUCCACAAUUUCUUCGCGCAGAAUGAAAUACCUACUCUUGAUAAGAUUUUAAAGAAAAUCAGUGAUGAUGGCACUUUGGGCGUUAUAAAGAGAACGACGCUACAUAAAAUAUUGAAAAAAAUUGGUUUUAAAUUUUGUAAGAGAAGCAGAAACAGCUUAUUGCUGGAUCGCGAUGACAUAUUCUUUUGGAGAAGAAAUUAUCUGCGAGCUAUCAAAAAUGCACGAAAUAAUCAUCAAAAAAUCUACUAAAUAUUUAGAUGAAACUUGGGUGAAUGAAGGUCACACUACCUCAAAAGCUUGGGUCGAUACCACAGUGAAAAGCAGGCGAGACGCUUUUAUUAAUGGACUAACAACUGGCUUGAAAACACCUUCAGGAAAAGGCAAAAGACUACUUAUUACUCAUAUUGGGAGUGAGGAUGGAUUCGUCGAAGGUGGUCUAAAUAUGUUUGAGUCGAAGAAACAAGGCGAUUAUCACAAGGAGAUGAAUGCCGAAGAAUUUGAAAAUUGGUUUAGAGAAGUUUUAAAUAUGCUGGACGAUAAUUCUGUGAUAGUCAUGGAUAACGCUUCCUAUCACUCUAGGAAAAUAGAGCGAAUCCCAACGGCCAAAUCUAAAAAACAGGAUAUAUGUAAUUGGUUACGCGAAAAAAAUAUUAGCUGUAACGCUGAAAUGUUGAAACGUGAAUUAUUAAACAUUGUUAAAAACCAUAGACAGCGAUACGACGCUUGUAUUAUAGACGAAAUGGCAAAGUCACAAAACAAAACUGUACUGAGACUGCCACCGUAUCAUUGCGAAUUAAAUCCAAUUGAGCUAGUGUGGGCUCAAGUUAAAGGAAAUGUUGCUUCACACAUGAAAACACACAAAAUGGCAGAAUUAAAAAUUGUAUUAAAGGAAUCCAUACAAUAUAUUGACGCAGAGAAAUGGAAAAAAUGUAUAAAGCAUGUCAAAGAAAUAGUUGAGCCCAAAAUGGAUGCCAUGGACAGAAAUGUGGAAGCAAUGACUGAAAGAUUCAUAAUAAAUGUAGGAAACGACAGUAGCGAUAGUACGGAGAGUGAUGAUGAUGAUGAUAUGUUAUGAAAAUGUAUACUAGGUAGAUAUUAUAAUAUAAUAAAGAAAAUAUAAUCAUUAA